AUGCAAGAUAAGCUUACACCCAAUGAUACAACUGACACUAUGAAGAAAUCUGCAUCAUAUAAUGAUGGCGAAUAUUCACAAAAAACUUCACAAAUAAAAAAGGAAGAAUAUUUUCCAGAGUGUUCUAUUAAUACCAACGAAAAAGUUCCAGAAAAUCCUGCCAAGAACCCAAAAAAAAGAAAACAUCAUGAAGAGGAAAAUGAAGUGUUGACAGAAGAAUUUAAAAUUCUUACUGAAACGUCUCAAGCUACUGAUCCAUAUUUCAGUUAUGGCCAGCACAUAGCAAAUGAAUUAAGAAAAUAUGAUAACCGCACUUUGAUAUUCGUCAAACAGGCAAUAAAUAAUAUCAUUUUUUAA